AUGCCUCUACGUCGACUCAAUGCCGUUGGUGACCCGCGAAGGUGGCAGGAAUUCCAGUUCAUGGCUGCGAUUGUCCAGAAUUUGGAUAGUCAGCGUUGGAAUACCAUUAAGUUAAAGAUGCACUCACCUCUCCCAGACGCUAGCACCAGUAUCAUUCCUUGGGCCACGGUCCCCGAGGAUCUCAGAGUCAAAAGUUGUAUUUCCAAGAUUCCUGACGUGUCGUCGCACGUUCAGUCUGCGGUCACAUUGGCGAAGUCCUUAGUAUCAGGAAGCCUCGCUUACGCAGCCAGUAGCGUAUUGGCAUACACUAAUGAGGAAAGCCAGCUUAUUAUUCCGCUCGGACUAUACCACAGAGAAGAACUCACGCGAGCCGACUGGCAAGUACAAUAUCAUAGAAAUCUCGCUAUUGUUGAAGGAGCAAUAUACGAGCUAGCGUCGCAAGCGUCCAAGCGCGAGCCUGCUGUGAGAAUUGGAAUGACUGACUGUGGAAAGCAUCGCAAGAUGGAAGAGGCUAUUAUGCACAUCAAAUGUUACAUGAAUUGGAGAAAAAUGAAGAUAAUUGUAGAGAUCUUACAAAAGCAAAAUUCCACGACGGACAGAGUAUGCUAUCAAUGCCGAUAG